GCCCGCUUAAAUCAAAAUCUUAAUAGCUAGAAAUUUCCCCCAAAAAAGAUUUCCUUUUUCUGCACUUCACCAGGUUUGUCUACUUCUUGAUCUACCUGGGCACAACAUGGAUCCAAGAUUGUGAUUCAAAUUUCAAAGUAAGGUGUUCCUGUUCUUGGAGGUUUUCAAUUUUCAAGGAGGGGAAGAAGGAAUCAAGAGUACUAAGGUUUCUAAAUCUGAGAAGGUAUGGGAGAAUCUGCUUGUCUCAUGCAAACUACCUUCUCUCAGGCUUCUGAUACUACUACCCAUGAAACUAGAGAGGGCUUCAAGGGUUUUUACUGAAACUCUAGUUUUUUGUGCAAAAAAACGAAUCUUAUGGUUCUUGCCUUCUCUCCUGAUUUUGAUGCCCCGGGGAAUCCGAUGCAUGCACUUGCAGGAUCGGUUUCUUUCGGAAGGUUCUUAUCAGAGUCCUUAGCGUGGGAGAAAUGGUCAUCCUUCUCUCACAAUCGGUAUUUAGAAGACGUAGAAAAAUACUCCAGGCCUGGUUCAGUCGCUCAGAAAAAAGCUUAUUUUGAAGCCCAUUACAAGAAAGUUGCAGCUAAGAAGGCAGAAGCAGCUGCUGGUUCUACUCCUCAACCAGAAACCCAAGAUGGAGUUCACAGCAAUCCUGCCCUGGAUUCACAGAUGGAAAAAUGUGAUGACCAUGUGGCUGUUGAUGAGCCACGGCAAGCCACAGUCCCCAACAUGGAGGAAGGUUUCAUCAUUGAUUCAAGCAGACGUAAUUCCAUUGUUGAAAUGGAUCGCAUGGAAUCAAGUAAGGUGGAAGUAGUAGAUCCAGUAAUAGAAGACCAGGUUCUUGAGAAGAACUCUCUAGUGGUUGAAUCAUCACAGCUUGCUGAUGUUGGGAACCGUAACAUGCUUACUGAGGUGGAGCCUAGUGGAACCAUCCAAAUGAAUCAGACACAUUCAGAGGUUGCUGCUAGUCCGGAGAGUUUGACUUCAACAACCAAUGCAAAACUAAUGGCAUCGUCCUUGAAACCAUCAGCUUACAGCAGGGAACGAAUGCUUUCAUCUUCUCCGGCCAAAUCAACAACUACUAUUCCUUCCAGAAAGGAAAAUAUAGCCACUCCAAACAAUAAGUCCGCAAGAGAUCCAGUGCAGAAGAAGUGCCCAACUCCAAAAUCACUCCAUAUGCCGAUUAAUUUUGCUUCCAAUCAAGAGAAUUUGGCUUCAGCUACCAAGACAAACCCAGCACUUUCUUCCUCAAAGCCAUCGGCUUACCGAAGGGCAUCAGAGCUUCAAUCUCCAACUGCCAAAUUGACAACUCCUCUUCAUUCCAGAAAGGGAAAUAAUCCCACUCCAAACAGUAAAAAGUCCGUAAGAGAUCCAGGGAAUAAGAAGUGCCCAACUCCAAAAUCACUCCAUACAUCGAUUAAUUUUGCUGCUAAUCAGGAGACGGUGGCUUCAGCUACUAAGACAAAAUCAUUUGUUUCUUCCUCAAAGCCAUCAGUUUACGGUAGAGCAUUAAAGCUUCCAUCUUCCCCUGACAAAUCCUCAACUGUUCAUUCCAGAAAGGAAAAUGCCACUCCAAACAGUAAAAAAUUUGCAAGUGACUUGGUGAAUAAAAAGUGUUCAACUCCAAAAUCACUCCAUAUGUCAAUUAAUGCUCCAUCUGGCGCUGGUGAAACUAACAAAACAUCUUCAGCUCAGAAAAAGAUUGCAGAUUCAAGGGGAUCUGGAAGUGUGUCGACCUCUAAGCACUGUCCAACUCCUCUAAGAACCCCAACCAUGGCAUCUGUGAAUGGUUUGCCAAAGAAUCCUUCUGUUACUCCUCAGUCAGAGCAAAAAAGUACCAGAACAGAACUUGGUUUCACAUCCUCUGGAUGCAGUAAAGUGGGUGCAAAAUGGCACUCUCUCUCCACGGAUCAUUCGAAGUCUUUGAGCGCCGGUGGAGGCAUAACACGGUCGCCGACUGUAUCUUCUCCAUUUAGCUUCAGAACUGAUGAAAGAGCUGCAAAAAGAAAGGAGAAACUGGAGAAUAAAUUCAAUGCAGAACGGGCACUGAACGUGCAGCUUCAAAAGAAGCCUAAGGAAAAGGCUGAAAAUGAGCUUAACAAACUGCAUCAAAGCUUCAGCUUCAAGGCAAAGCCAAUGCCAGACUUUUAUCGUGCAACAGGGUCAGGAAAGAAUCAGAUUAAGAAGAUUCCACAGACACAGCUUCGAUCACCCAAGCUCGGACAGAAGCCCAUUUCCAACGCAGUUCAGGAUUCGAGCUCUCUCCCUCCUCGGAGGCCUGAAGCCAAGAAUUACAAUUCUAUGGGUGUUAUGGAGAAGAAUAACCGAAUCCCUACUCAUUCUAUCACUGAGCUACCCAAUAAGGAUACUCAUGAGAAUUCUCCCCCAAAUAUCCAGCAGUGAGUAGUGAAGACAGAGAUUGGUGGAAUUACAGAUUAUAUUGGCACAGUAGAACAUUAUUGAAAAGCUCAUGUCUGCUGAUGAUGGACCUUCAGAACUUUUGAAAGAUUAAUCCAGUAAAAUAGUCAGGGGACAUAAUUUCUGUCAAGAGAUGUAAAAUUGUAUCCACAGUUUCUUUCUGCUUCAAGUAGAACUGAAAUUUUGUACCUGUUCUUCCUUUUGUUUGUUCUUAAUGGAUGUAUUAUACUUAGGUAUUGUAGAACAGAUCCAAGACAAGCCAUGGUUUUCUAGGAAAAUUCUGGAAAGGGCUCGGGAAGUAUCAUGUAUUUGGAGUGUUACUAUAAAUAAUCCAAGUUUUCAUUUUCUUGAGCA